UCAGUAAUGCAGACUUCUGGCCAGGGCUUGCAAGAGCAAUUUUUUUCCUGACGAGUGCCCUUUUUUCAAAGGCUGUACUCGUAUGCUAAUAUGGUUUAGUGCUUUGCAAUGGCAACCCUCUGUAACGCUUUGGAGGCUGUGAGGCGAGAUUUAAGGCGAAAGGAUAGAGAAAUAAAGAGGCGUUUAAGACUGAUAGAUAUGCACUGCUGCCAUCGAUACUGUGACAUACACACCAGCUGCCUCUGCGAUAUCAAUCUUCAUCCACAUUGUUGCUGUCUUCUCCAUCCAUACCCACAUUGCAUGUGUGACAUCCUGUGCUGUCGGCCUUGUCCACCCAUCUGCCUCACAUCUUUGGAGCGGAAGGCAAUUAGAGCUAAGAUAGAAGCUGAGCAAGAACUGGCCAGGAUUCGAAGAAGGGUUACCAAGAUGCUAACAACAUGUACUCGCCCAAAGCUUUUAGCUUUAAUGGAUGUUAAGGGGUUUGACCCGGAAGAUAUUACAGUGAAAGUGCAAGAUGGGAAGGUUAAAGUUUCGGCAGAACAUGAAGAAGAAUUUAAGACUUGUCGAGGGAAGGAAUACAACUACUCCACUGUCACCAAAGAGAUCUGCUUGCCGCCAGGAGUGUCUGAGAAAGAAGUAACUUACACCAUUGGGCCCACCAGCCUUGUGAGAAUAGAAUCACCUGGCUCCGUGCCUCCAUGCCUCCUUAGUCUGCUGGAAUGAUCAGCUCUGGUAGCUGCACAGUCUAAGGGUGCAAAACAUCCAGGGAUCCUCAGGACUACUACUGCACUUUUUUCCAACAGCCCCACCUCCUUUAGCCAUUGUUAGCAACUUUGUUAAACUUCUUCCAACAAUGACAGUGCCGCACAUCUUCUGGUUUUACUGCAAUCUAUGUACAGUAUUUAUUUUUUAGGUUUAUUGGUUUAUUUAGCUAGUUGUUUUUUUUAAGAGUUUCUUGUUAAUAUGUCGUUGCAGCUAUUUAAAAGAAGAGUGGGGGAGGUUAGGGGGUUGUAAUAGCAGCCUUGGGGUGCACCUACACUGUAGAAAUUAUGCAGUUUGACACCAUCUUCAGUGCUGCAGCUCCUCCUAUGGAAUCUUGGGAUUUGUAGUUUUACGAGGCUUCUAGCCUUCUCUGCCAAAGCGUGCUGG